AUGGCUCUCAACGGACGAACUGCUCUCAUCACCGGAGCAUCAAUGGGAAUCGGCGAAGCAAUUACACAAAUUCUUGCGAAAUCAGGCAUCAACCUCAUUCUCAUAUCUCGAUCUAAUGAUAAACUUGCCAAGCUGCGCAACGAACUAUCAACUCAAUAUCCCAAUCUCAACAUCACAUACCGUGCAGCUGAUGUGGGGAACUACAAGGAAACAGACACAGCUAUUGAAUCAUCUAUUCAGGAAGUCAGUCACAUUGAUAUCUUGAUCAACAAUGCUGGCCUUGCCCUCGGCGCUCCAAGUCCCUUCCACGCCCAAUCAAUCAAAGACAUCCAAACCAUGAUCUCAACGAAUAUCAAUGGUCCCAUGAAUGUCACACACUCAGUACUGAACAGAAGCAUGUAUGCUCGUGGCACUGGUACAAUCAUGAACAUCACCUCGGUUACCGGUCUAGAGGUUCCUCCAUUUUCUGGUGAAGCGGUUCAUCAUUCUAGCAAAGCGGCACAGGAAGCGUUCACGAAUUCCUUGCGCAAUGAGUUGGCUGGAACUAAUAUCAGGGUUUUGGCGCUGAGACCUGGAGUUGUGGCGACUAAUUUUCAUUCGCAAAGGGUUGGUCAUGAUAAGGAAAUGUAUGAUUCGUUUACAGAUGGAUAUGAGCCUCUUAUUUCGGAUGAUAUUGCUGAAGCAGCGCUUUAUAUGCUCAGCCAGCCGGCGAAUGUCUCUAUCAAGGCUUUGGAUGUGGUUCCUUCAGCCCAGAGAUCUUUGAAUGUUUUCGAUCGCAGUUGGAAUGAACGUCAAGGGCAUCAUCAAUCCUAA